GUCCACGGCCUCACAAGUCAGCGAUCUGCUUGACAUUGCGCAGCACGCCGACCAGUCAUCGGUCUUCCGGCACCAGGUGAGCGGUGACCAGGAGGACGAGGAGGACUGGCAGUUUGGGGUUGCACUCCAUCAAAUUCCAAUGUAUCAAUUACAACGAUUGUCCAAGAAUCUUUCCAAAGAGUUGCAGCGUGCGCGCAGUGGAAGUUUUGGAUCCAACACGGACCUGGCUGGGCGAGCAAAUCAACCACAAUCGGGAUCUGAAGAAAACCUGCAGAGACUGCGGGAG